AUGAAGAAAACAAGCUGCACGCGCUGCCCCAAGAACCACGUGAGCCCGGGUGGCUCAACCACAACCGCCUGCGUCAAGUGCCAGGCCCCGUUCACCGCCAACGCCGAGCAGAGCGAGUGCAUCGACCGCCUGGCCUGGAGCCACUGGGGCGGUGACCUCAGCAACCGCCGCUGGAACCAAGCCGAGAAGAAGCUCACAGUGGCCAAGGCCGGGAAGCUCAAGGUCAAGUGGGAGGCAAAUGUUGCGGGCAGCACCAGCGCCACGCCCACUGUCCAUGGCGGCUUCGUCUACGUGCCUGAUUGGGAAGGCAACAUGUUCUGUUUGAAGGCUGAAACAGGGGAGGUGGUCUGGUCAAAGCAGGUCAAAGAUUACAUGACCCAGCUCGGCGUCCCAUUGCCCGCCAACACGGCUGUGUUCCCGAUCAUGUCCAGGACCAGCCCUGUGAUCCACAACAGCGAGCUGGUGAUCAUCGGCACCAUGCAGGCGGUCUACGGGGGCUUCGCCUUCUGGCUCGCGCUCCGCGCCUCGGACGGCGCCUUGGUGUGGGGCAAGCGCGCGGACACCAACAUUGCGGCGGUCAUUACUACCAGCCCCACCCUGUAUGAGGGCGUCCUAUACACAGGAGUCAGCAGCCUCGAGGAGAAUGUCGCAUCACGCCAAGCCUACGUAUGCUGCACAUUCCGAGGCAGCGUGGCCGCGCUGGACGUGCAGACCGGCAACAUUCUUUGGCAGACCUUCACCACCCCCGACAACGGCGGCCGCGCCAACGACAGCUGGUCGGGCGCCGCCGUAUGGGGCAGCGCCCCCGUGGUGGACAGGCAGCGCCAACAGGUCAUCAUCGCCACCGGCGACAACUACGGGAUGCCCGAGGAGGUGGAAGAGUGCCUGCUAGCGUUGGGACCCCUGACGGCGGCCAACAGCCCCCAGCAGAAGGCCUGCCUGCAGCUGGAAGGCGGCGAGGACAACUACCACAACGCGAUUGUUGCAUUGGACAUGAAAACGGGCGCCGUCAAGUGGGCGACACCCGUCGAUGGCCCGGACGCCUGGAAUGCUGCCUGCCUCUCUGACAACCCAGCGGUGAACGACAACUGCCCCGCAGUGGAGGGUCCCGAUUUUGAUUUCGGCCAGGCUCCAAUGCUGGUCACGCCCUGCAAGCCCGGCAAGGGCUGCAAGCAGCUGCUCAUCGUUGGCCAGAAGUCCGGCAUCGUUUGGGCCCUGGACCCCAAGGACGGCAGCAUCGCCUGGAAUCAGCGGGCUGGGCCGGGAGGCCUCAUCGGCGGCAUCAUGUGGGGCAGCGCCAGUGACAACAAGCUGGUGUAUGUCAGCAACAACAACCAGGGCAACGCCAAGAUCGACUUUCAGGGCGCCGAUGCGUACCUGAAGCCCGUCCCGAACGUCAAGGGCGAGAAGGCCCCUCCAGCUUCCACAAACGGCGGCCUGUGCGUUGCACUGGAUGCGUGGGACGGGACCGUCCGCUGGACGUUUGCCAACCCGGCGCUGGACCAGUCUGGGCGCAACGCUAAGAGCCUGGCCCCCAUCACUGUGGCAAACGGUGUACUGGCCUACGCAAGCAUGGACCCCACCGGGCGGCUGUUCAUGCUCCGGGCGACGGAUGGGAAGCUGCUGGGAAGCUACGACCUCGGGGCAAGCAGCGCGUGCGGCCCGGCAAUUGUGGACGGAGUGCUGUACAGCGGCACGGGUUACACAAACUUUGCUCUCGGAACGGCGGGCACUAAGGUUGUGGCGCUGACCGUAUGA